AUGGAAGCUAGAUUCAGUGAGCAGAAGGUUGUCACUUACAAACAUGUCAAACCUGGUGACAUUUUGAAUGCAGCACCAAAGGUAGUUCGGAUUUCUGUGAUGGAUCCCUAUGCCACAGAUGACGAAGAUGAAGAUGAAGGGUUGGUUAUUCAUCCUAGAAUGAAGAAGUUUGUGAAUGAAAUCAGAAUUGUGGAGAAGAAGAGUUCAACUAACUGUGAGUCUGCAGGUGUAAAUCGUACUAGUAAUGUGUCGCUGAGACAGCAUUACAAGGGAAAAACUGGAGAUAGUCUUGAAAAAAAGAGGCUUAGAGGAGUUCGUCAAAGGCCAUGGGGAAGAUGGGCAGCAGAAAUCAGAGAUCCUGUGAAGCGAAUAAGGGUGUGGUUAGGGACUUAUGACACUGCUGAAGAAGCUGCUAUGGUUUAUGACAAAGCAGCCAUUGCCUUUAGAGGCUCUAAAGCUCUCACUAAUUUCAUCAAGCCUCCUACAAGGGAAGAUCUUUGUGAUUGUGGCCCUAAUGAAACUGAGGCUAGUGUGGCUGUGAGUGGUGAGAAUGAUUCAAGUGAAGAGUCUCAUUUGUCUUCACCUACUUCUGUGCUUGGACUUCAAUCUGUGGAACUUAUGUUGGAGGAGGUUUCUGAAACAGAUCUUCCAAGCAAAGAAGAGUCAAGUUCUCAAGACAGCUUCUUGUUUUUAGAUUCACAUUCAUCGUCCAUUGAUUGUUAUUUCAAUUUUGAAACUCUUCCACCAGUGUUUCUUCAUGAAACUAGCAUAACACAGCAGCCUGAUUUCCAUGACAAAUUCAGUGACAUUUCCCAUCUUGUCAAUGAGGAUUUUCAAUCAUGGAAUUGGGAUAUAGAUAGUUACUUCAGUGAUCCUUUGUUGAUCUGA